AUGGGUUCACGCAAAUCAAUGCUGGUGAAGAAGAGACUGACAAGGGCGUUUGUGAGAAACAGCACAAUGCCAACAUGGAAGAGACUGCUGCCUGAGAACAGGUACAAGCAGGCACGAAACAAGGCACGACGCAACUGGAGAUCGACCAAGUUGAAGAUUCAUUAA